AUGGAUCGCUAUGCAGUGGUCUUUUUCGCAUCGCCAGAAAACCCCACUUCCGAUGUUGUAUCCAUCUCUGAUAUAAUAGGGACGGCGCUGGUGAAGAGGACAGUUAAAGUUAGAUGGAAUGAUGGGAAGCAAUACAAAGCGAAGAUAUUGUAUAUUGGAACAAAGCACGAGUGCGAGCGUAAAGCCGAGCAAGUCACCGCAGAUGGUGAAAUUGUAGAGGAAUUUGACAUUGUUCCAGGAACAUCUGUCCGAAGCCCAAGUGAAGACGCCGCAUCAUCCCUGAAUGAAGGCGAAGAGGAGAAUCAAGCUUUGGCUGAAGAGAUUCUUCGACGUUUGCCUACUCAAACGGCGAAGUCAAAAAAUUCUGAUGCCAUUGAGUACAACUUUGUCUCGCAAGAGAAAGUGGAGCAAUUGCGUGCAAUGCGCUCGGGCAACAUAAGUCAGUUUGUACUUGAUUUAGAGAAGCUUGUGUAUGGUGACCAUAGUGACGUACUGAACCACGUCGAGGAUAGACUCGCGACAGCGGACAGGAUGCAAUUUAUUGAAAAAUGCGUUUACAAGUACUACGCCAUACCCGUGGAAGCUAGAGCCGCCACAUGGAAACUGGCAAAAAACGCUUUAAAUUCUCGAGCUCGAAGGAAUCGAAAAAAGAGUGCUCCUGCGACUUCAGCAGAACAAUCUAGAACAAACAAUAACAACAACAGUAAUAUCGACGUCGCGGAUGAAAACGACCCUUUUUUGUUCGAUGAUGAUGAUGAUGAUGAUGAUGAUGAAAACGAAAACUAGUAGUGUUUUUUAAUAUUUGUUGAGUGUUUUUAUUCCUUGUUAUGCAAACUUUAUUUUGUUCCCGUCCCAUAUGUCAGCGAUCUAUUUCAUCUAUGUCUUCACGAUGACGGUUUUGCUUCAUGUAUCCUACUCCACAUGUUCUGAAGAUUCUGCUUCGAUUUUUUCCUUUACAUUUUGCUCCAUGUAUCCUACUCUACAUGUUCUGAAGAUUCUGCUUACUUAGUCC